AUGGAACGAGGUCGAGGCGGUCAUGUCGGCGCUCGCGGGCGCGGCGCAAAGAGGCGGGCCACGCUUCAACUUCCAUCUCAUCUUCAGAACCCAGAUCUUCUUCCCUCCCCCAGCCCCGACUCUUCCACUCCCUCUCACUCUCACUCUCACCGUGCACAAAACAACACGCCGUUACGUGGAGGCAAGAUUCGGUUGACCAACCCUCCGCCUCAUCGUUCCUCAUCGCCCGCGGCUGAACAGACUUUGCGUCACGGCCAGGCCCCAAAUUCAAAACCUGCGCGCAGCGCAACCUUUAAUUCAUCUUUCACUUUUGAAUCUCCUUCUGCUUCCGCCGCCACCAUGGCUGCCGGGGCGCCUCCGGCCCGCAAGAGGUCACGGACAUUCGAGACGGCCCAUGACGGCGCCGCUGAUGACGAGGCUCACUCAAAGGGCGGCCAUUCUUUGAGAAAGCGAGCCCGCAUCGACUAUACCCAGGAGAUGAUUGAUGACGACCUUCGCCUUUCCACAACAAGAAAUGAUUCGAUUGCGAAGCCCGGCACCACUCCAAGUGCUCGCGGCCGCAAGAGGAGAAGCGCCCACGACGGCUCGGAUGGCGAGUCCGAGGAUGUCACUUCAAACCCAAAGCGCCGCCGCGCUGAUAAGUCUCCAGUGCGCGCCACCUCAUCCCGCCGGCGCAACACAUCCAAGAAGCCGGCCGCUGUUGUGAGCGCCUACGUCGACCAACCGUCAGAUAAUGACGUUCAAGACACUAUUCUUGUCAACGUGUCUAUAGAUCAGGGCCCGUCCGAUGACGAGUCCGACAAGUCUUCAUUCCAGGAAUCUGAGUCGCAACCAACAUCUGACGACGAAAGUGACACCGCUGCUGUUCCGGCCCAACCUCCAACACCCCAAGUACCGUCGGCUGAAUCAAUCAAAGACACCGUGUCUGUGGCACCCGAUGAUGAUGAGACCAUCGGAAAAGACAUAGUUCCGGAGCAGCCGGACGACAAACCACAGAUUGCACCUGACCAAGUCUCACUUACACCGGAGUGCGACAAGCCUGGCCGCACUCCCAAGAAAGAUGCGACUAGAAUUAUCGUCGUGUCCAGGUCUGCGGACACACGGAAAACAGCAUCACAAGGGGAUUCAGAGAAACCUGUCGAGGCUGGUCCCGAUGAUCAGAUUUCCAACGCCAACCAACCGAGCGAGCAACCUGAGCAGCAACAGGUGCUCAAAGAGGCGUUUGAAAAUGCCGAGCCGGCGGCCCCAACUACAACGGAGCCAAAGGCCGCAGAAGAAUUAACUAUCCCUGUGGUAUCCGGUGCUGGGGUGACUUCCGUUGGUGAUACCGUCAUCGUCGACCUGCCUUUCAGCAAGCCACUGCGGGCAGCAAAUCAAACCGGGCCUGUAAGGCUCAAGCAGCUGGAGCACGUGUAUAAGUCGAAGACUCCCUUUGCAUCCUCCUUGAACCUCACUCCCUACGAAGACGAAGAUGCUGUCUUACCAGGCCCGUACACUGAGUGGGUGUAUCCCGUUGACGGCUUGAAGACAAGACCCGAGCCAACUCCCAUCCAGACUCCCACCCCUACUCCUUCUCCAUUAGAAAAGGUCCCUGUCGCGGUUGAGUGGGAGGCGCGUCGUCCCCUCAAAACCGGCGAAUUUUUCGCACUCUACCGACAGGAAACUAAGCGACGCAAAGAGAAAGGGGAGCCGCCUAUUUCCAUGGUUGACUUUCACAAUGAGUGCGUUCGGAAAUACAAAGCUGCCCAGAGCGAACUGUCGGCGUCAGAGACGUCUUCAUCGGCCGAACAGCAAACAACUCUAGAACGCGUCGAGGUUAACGGACGCGCAACUCUUCUUCGGGCGGCGCUUGCGGAAGAGACUCCGCGCAGCUCACAGCCGGCCGAGUCCCAGGUCCCCACUGCCGCGGCCUCGCCUGUCCCUGCAGAGGAGGAUGGCAUGCCAGAGGACGGUGUCGACGACGAACAAGAGGCGGAUGAGACCCUCUUUGAUCAACCCAAACCGGGUAGCCCAGUGGAACCCGUAGAAGUCACGCGGAAUCCGACCAAGCAGUACUCAUUUCCCAAGCUCCGGGAUCCGUCCGAGAUUAUCGCAGCACUUGAUGGAUGGCAAGACAUGGGGACCGAUGUCCUGUAUGCAAAAGUGGCUGCCGUGGUCGAAGUCUUGCAUCAAUACCAAUUAGAGUACAACGAGCUGAGAAAGAUCACCGACGACGAAGAGAAUGCCAAGCGUCGUCAGGCCAACGACAAGACAAUCGUCAACUGGGAAAAUCGCCAGAAAGCUGACGAGCCCAUCCAUAUGCGCCGUCAUCAUGAUGACCUGGUCAAGGGUCCUACGCCGUUUGAGGUGCGGGGAGUCCGGGCCCCGAAGCCUUACAUUGACGACCCCAUUCUCGAACACCAGAGGGAAGAGGACCGCAUCAUGGCACAGGCCUACGGAUUCAAACACAACAAUCACCCGUCCCAAGUUGGCCGGCAGAAUCCAGAAGAGCAGCGGUGGGAAAUGCCCGAGAGCCGUCUCCGGGAGCGGAAGCGGACGGAGAAAGGUGCAGAACUUGCCGAGGAGAAUGUCAUAGAAGGGAAGAGGGCCAGGAGAUCGCGAUAUGUCUCGGACCAAAGCAAGGACGUGAGCCGAUCGGAGACCCCGACUGCUAGCGCAAUCGUCGGUGUUGGCCGGCGCCCGGUCCAGAAGCGCAAGCCUGCCGCUACCCCGGUGAAUGGCGAAGAAGCCGAGGGCCCUGAUCAGCCUCAACUGACAGAGAACUUCUCGGAAACGCCGCGAAAAGGUCGUGCGGCUCGCAGUGGUCCUGCGUCGCAGCCAGAUGGCCAGGAUCUGGCUAUCCCUGUUGCUGAAGCAAAUGGCAACCAAACUGAAGCCGAGGAAGUGAAAGCAGAGGAAACGCCCAAGACGAAUCGCAAACGUGCGAGGGGUGCGGCGAUUACUGCGGCAGAACCUCCAACCUCAGUUCCGGCAGGGUAUGAGGACGGUGCGGUCAAGCGGAAGCGCAUCCGCGGCCCCAAGAACCAGCAGACAGCCCAAACAGCGGCGACCGAGAUCGCAAGUUCGUCGUUCUACAGCCAUCCAUCUGCGGCCGCCAGUCAACCCGAUUCGAGGCCUUCGACGGCAUCAUCCCAGGCCACUGCGCACACAGUCGAGACCGUGGAGUCGGCAUACUCGCUGCGUGACAAACGGAAGCGCAACUUUGCGCUCGAGAAUGAUCCGGAACUUGAGACUCGGCCUCAGAGACGAGGCCGUGCAGCCGUCGCGCAGAAACCAAACACCGGAUCAAAGAAGCCGGUGCAGCAGAAGGAGAAUACCCAACCGCAACCCCCACCGGCGAUCGCUCCAACGACGUCUCUCGCUCCUCCCGGCGCACCUUUGCAGGCCGUCAAUGCAGGCCCGUUCUUUCAUGAGUUUUUGUCUGUACCGGUGGCUGGCAUGGCCAACCCUGCUCAUCUUGGUCCACCUGGUCCACCGCUGGCGCCAAUGCCAGCACACGGUCCCUUUCUUCAUACCUUCAACGCCGCCCCAGCCUUUCCGCCAGGUGUUCCGCCUCCGCCUCCGCCCCCGCCGUCGGCGAAGAAGCCCAUCACCAAGAUCAAGCUCACCAACAAUGGGUCGUCUUCCACGGCCCCUUCGCGUGCAGCGACACCGGCGAACGGGACUUCCAGCUCCAAUUCUAAGCCCAAGAGGGUGCGCACGAAAAAGGCUACCUCAUCCGUCGAACCCACCACUGGCGCUGCCGCUGGGCCUGCUGCCGGUGCCACUGCCGGUGCCGAUGUCGCUGUCCCAGGUGCGAAUGGAGAGCCUGACAAACCGUACGCAGAAAUGACCAAGUCUGAGAAGAUGAGCUGGUCAAUGAGGCGGCGCUGGGCCACGGGCGAAAUGCAAGGCGCAGUAGAGAAACGGCGCGCGACUUUGGCCAGCAAAAAGGCUGAGAAAGCCCAGGGCAGCACCACGGGCGUCUCGGGCGGCGCCGAUUCCCACGACUCCGGCCAGGCGACCGAGCCAAAUUCGGCAUCGCCAUCAGGCCCGACGACCCCGGCGUCAAUGACAGCCGGCCAGACGAUUGGGUCACUCGCCUUACCGCAGGGCCCGCAGUCUCUGCAGCAGCAGCAGCAAGCUCCUGUACAGCCGCAGGGGAUCUUGCAGCAACCAUCACUUGCGUACACACUCUCGCAGAGUCCUUCUGGGCCGGCUUGA